CGCUCUCGCUCUCGCUCUCGCUCUCGCUCUCGCUCUCGCAGUCGCUGUCCCCGAUCCGCCGAAAUUCAAGGCACUCUCGCGGCGAGGGUGGCCGGGACCACCCCGCCGCCGAGGGCACAGGGGGCACAGGACCGGCGUCCGCAGAGCGCAGUGUGCAGGCACUGGGGUCCGUGCGUGUCGAACAGAGUGAGUCUCGCCGAGGAAACGGGAAUUGUUCCGUUCCACGAAUGUCAUCUGGGACAUCCCGUUCUCGGGACGGACCCGGCCGGGGCCCCGGACUCUGGGGCGGAAGACUGCCCGAACGACACGGACGCGAGCGGAGAAGUGCCGAGCAGGGAGGGCGCGCCGGGCACUGGCUGAGCGUGUGGGAGGCAAGAUCCCAUCCACCGAAGCGCUUGUUGAGUGUGCGGUUCCUCUGGCUGCUCGAUAAACAACGGUGCUGUGGAUCCUGGCUCAUACUCAAUCUCAGCUCCCUUGCCACGCCCUUGGUGCCACCUGUGCCACUGAACGUGGCCGGCAGAAAGCAUACCACCAGGCUCACGUGGCUCACCUUAGCGCCCAGUAUGCCGGGGAAAACUAGACAUCGUCAGCGUUUGCUACCGGGCACCCAAGAGGCCCUUCCACGAGAGUUUCCAGGUUCUGAAGGUCUGAAUACCUGAAUCUUGCGACAUGCUCCGAAUGCCAGGAACUGCUCGUUGGCUUGUCCUACCCGGCCUGCGGGAUACUGCCUCCGGACCUCAAAUCCAUCCCCAACAGGUUUGGCCUCACCACGACUUCUGGUCCUUCUUGCACUUGCAUUGUCAAAAGGUAACAGCUGAAGAAAUUUUUUGUGACCCUUGUUGAACUGCAAAUCCUGGAGUUGGAGAAAAUUCAUCUAGGAUAUUGUCAUUUUCAGACAUGCGGUCGGAGAUGUCCCUCGUGUAAUCCCGUUCACCGUCCUCAUUAGAGACCAGUCCUUUGCUUUCA